AUGGCACAUUCUCGUCAAGAACUCACAUAUGCCUUCAUAGCCGGUAUGGCAGGCCUUGCACCGACCAUCGUCGUCGUCGCUAUGGCCGUGGCACAAGCUGUUUCGAUGUUGCGACAGUCGGGGGAGAUCUCGGCGUUCUCCCCCACCGCCAUCACCGCCAUCACGAAGUAUGACGAGCGGAAGCUUACCCUGAAACGGCAAGUCCUCGACCUCCCCAACACGCACACGCGAACCCCCGCUCUGCCUGCAUACAUGCUUCUUAGCUUUAUCCACCAUGCGCUGUCUGACGAGGGCUGCAAUGCUCGUCUGUGA